CUUUUUUUUCAGUUAAGCAGGGUAUAAAUAUGCCACCCUUCAGUCUUUGAAAGAGUGAAACAACAACCAAUCUUCAGCCAUGUUCUCCUUCAAGACUGGUGUUACAUUGGUCGUCCUGGCCAUGCUUGUGGUAGCUGCUCAUUGUGGAGUUGGAGAGGGAACAAAUUCCUACAACUAUGACUUGCACAAGAUGUCUGACCUAACAAAGCUGUACAAUUCCAAGGUUUAUGUGGCUGACAGAAUGACCCGGCCUUUAAGUGGCAUGACCGUUCAAAUUGGGCCACUCAGCCAUUCUGGAGUCAGGGUAACUCUGGAAGAUGGCACCAAGUGGUUGGUGCACAAGGGGGAUGGGUAUGGCAUCAGCAGCCAGACUGUUGUGGUCCAUGCUCGCCACAUGGCCAACAACUGGAAGAUUAAAGAGACCAAAAAUUUCCGAGGCUCCAAGACUGUGUCAGAUUUUGUGAGAGCAGGAGGAACUGAUUACAGCCUUAUGUUUGACAACUGUCAUGAUGCAUCUGGGCGAAUGUUCGGCCAGUAAAAGCGCAUUUGUUUUGGUUUCAGAUUUCAAUGUUUUGGAAUAAAGCUAUCGUGACACAAUUACUGACAGUCAAUGUAAUAUCCUCAUAAUCAUAAUAUUGGAUUUCAUCUUGAGAAGUGUCAUUUUGCUUUCAUUAAAACGGUACAAACAUAUAUUUUUGCUAACAUUAAAGCCUUUCAUUUUCAUUA